CUUAGAACCGUGUGGUCCUUUACUAAAUUGAUGUAUGCGCAGCUUGCUACUGGAGGAAGAUGAGUAUCACAGGUUGGCUAGUUUAACUAUCCAUCACCUCCUUGAGAAGUUGGAGGAAUAUGGUGAUUUAGUAGAUAUUGAUGGUUUGGAUGUUGACUAUGGGAAUGAGGUUCUGACCUUGAAGCUUGGAAGUUCAGGAACCUAUGUAAUAAACAAACAGACACCUAAUAGGCAAAUAUGGAUGUCAUCACCAGUAAGUGGUCCGUCAAGGUUUGAUUGGGACCAGAAAUCUGAAGCUUGGAUUUAUAGGCGAACUGAAGAAACCUUGUUCAAUGUCUUAGAGACUGAACUGGAAAAACUUUGUGGGACACCCAUCAAACUCGGAUGACUUACUAUUGACAAGGGGCAACCUUCACGUCCUCUUCGAGAUCAAUGCAUAUACACCGAGUAGUAUCAUUAAUAUCCAAGACAUGGAAGAGUGCAAAGGAUGUAGAAAUGCCAAAGAGCUUAAAUGUUCCUGAAUAGACUAAACUAAAGUGGCUUCUCCAAAGGGAGCACUCUUCAUGGGAUGCUUUGAUUUAAUCGAUUUUCAAAUACUGUAUUCUUCUUCAAUUGCAAUUUUUGCUAUCCUUUGCUACUUAUAAUAUCUCAUUCUCUUUUUCAAAUUUGCACUAUAAUGGGAUCUCCAUGUCUCAUUUUUUCUUCAGUUGCAUACUUGCAUUACUGAUUUCACUCCAUCAUGAGGAUACACAUUAUGUUUCAUACCAGCACAUUGACUAUAUUAAACAUUUAAGUUGUUUCUUA